AUGGCGACUGCUGCUGCUGCGCCAUUGCUCCUCCGACCACUCUUCCACGGUCUCCUCCUCCUCGUCAUCCUCUCCCUGGCGCUCGGCGCCCAUGGCAACAAGCCCGGGGAGCACUACAACCUCACCAGGGAGAACUUCCCGCCCGGCUUCGUCUUCGGGACGGCGUCGUCGGCGUACCAAGUGGAGGGGAACACGCUGAAGUACGGACGAGGCCCCUGCAUCUGGGACACCUUCCUCAAGUAUCCAGGCGCUACUCCUGAUAACGCGACUGCGGAAGUGUCGGUCGACGAGUACAAUCGCUACAUGGAUGAUGUGGACAAUAUGGUCCGGGUUGGAUUCGACGCGUACCGCUUCUCGAUCUCAUGGUCGCGCAUUUUCCCCAAUAUUACUCCCUAUGUUGUUCUCUACCAUUACGACCUUCCUCAGGUGCUGCAAGACCAGUACAAUGGCUGGUUAAGCCCCAGAAUUGUGCCUGAUUUCACAGCAUUCGCGGAUUUUUGCUUUAAGACAUACGGCGAUCGGGUGAAGUUUUGGUUCACCAUCAACGAGCCCAAGAUGGUGGCUAACCAUGGCUACGGAGACGCCUUCUUCGCCCCUGGCAGAUGCACCGGUUGCCAUUUCGGCGGCAAUUCCGCCACCGAGCCGUACAUCGCCGGCCAUCACCUUCUCCUAGCACAUGCUGCUGCUCAUCAGGCUGGAAAGAUUGGCAUCCUGCUUGACUUCGUCUGGUACGAGCCGCUCACCAAGUCGAUCGAGGACGAGUACGCGGCGCACCGGGCUAGGAUGUUCACCCUUGGCUGGUUCCUGCACCCAAUCACCUACGGCCAUUACCCGGAGACGAUGGAGAAGAUAGUGAUGGGAAGGCUGCCCAAUUUCACCUUCGAGCAGUCUGCAAUGGUGAAAGGUUCAGCAGAUUACAUCGCCAUCAACCACUACACGACGUAUUACGCCAGCAACUUCGUCAACGAGACAGAUACGAGCUAUCGCAACGAUUGGCAUGUCAAAAUUUCAUAUGAGCGAGACGGCGUGCCCAUUGGAAAAAGGGCAAACUCGGACUGGCUUUACAUUGUUCCAUGGGGGCUCUAUAAGGCUCUUAUCUGGACAAAGGAGAAGUUCAACAACCCUGUCAUGCUCAUCGGCGAAAGUGGAAUUGACCAACCGGGAAAUGAAACUUUGCCGGGUGCCCUGUAUGACAAGUUCAGGAUAGACUACUUCGAGAAGUACCUUCAUGAGCUCCAAUGUGCUAUACGCGAUGGUGCAAAUGUCUUUGGGUACUUUGUCUGGUCACUGCUGGACAACUUUGAGUGGCGGCUCGGCUACACCGCCAGAUUUGGAAUUGUACAUGUGGACCGAAACACGUUCGUUCGGUACCCCAAGGACUCAGCUCGGUGGUUCCGGAAGGUGAUAAAGAACGAAGACUAA